AAAUUAAAUUGAUAAUAAAAAACUGGUUAAUUGAUUCCACAAAAAAAAUUCCUACAAUUCAGUACUAAAAAUCUACUCAUUUUGAGUCAGAAGAAUUCGUGAAUUAAUUUGUAUUUUUAAACAGAGAAUAUGCAGAAGGGAUCGAAUUCUGGAAUAAUUGAACAUUUAUUCAAAAUUAAAGGAGUCAAGAUGUCAGGCAACAUUUCUUUGAAUAACAAAGGAUCAGUAUAUUAAUUCCAGAACAACAAUAAUCGUCAAUUUAAAAAUGGAAAAGUUCUCAAUUUGACAAUUCAAAUGUUCUUCAUUCAAGAACCUUGAGGUUCCUAUUAAAAAACCCGAGUUUUGAAUACCUGAACCAAGAUUUCUUCAAAACAAGAGAAAAUGCACCUCAGUUUAAGUACAAUUGCACCAGAUUUCCGUAAAAAUUUUCUUUAAAUAAGUGAAAACUUCACAUAUUUUCGACAUUUUUACUGGAAAUAGGAGAUUUUUUACUUUUUAUGAACAUCAAAAUAGAAAUGUCAAACAUUCAAGAAAUCAAUUUCCCUUGAAAUUAGAAAAAAAAUUCAUGUUCAUGUUUUCAUGUUCUAAAAUACGAUCCAAAAAAUCCUAGGCUAAUGCCACUAACGAUUAACUAUUGCCUCAAGGGACCAAAACUCUCGGAAUAAUUUUGAGAACAUAGAUCAACAUGGAAAAAUCAGAAAACCCAAUCCUUUGAAAUGAAAAAUCCCAGGAAUCAACAGACACCCUAACCUACUCGAUCCACUCCAACUUACGGUCUUGAGCGUGACAUUUCCGUAUAUCAGCUGCUCCAGCAAUGCCGUCUUCCCGACGCCCUUCAUCCCACACACCACGACCUUCGUAGUUUUCCCCAUCUCCCCAAAUGACACUUAGAAAACCCUAGCUACAGCCUUUUGAUCGACUUGUUUGGAGAUUCCCUGGCUAAUUCAACUGCAUGCCAAAUGUUUUGAUGGGGGAACAGGUGGGGUUAACGGGUGUAUGUGGCACUUCACUUGACCCCUCCAUAUCCAGGUGCCGCGAUAUUCCGUUCCAUAAAAUCUUUGUACUCACCCCCUGCCUCUCCAGACGAUCCAUUUCCGGCGAUUUUUCCUCAAUUCUACGGCGAAAUCCAUCGAUUAUCGACGCACAACACUUCGUCACAUUUCAAUCUGUACUUUUCUCACAAUUUUUGUUUUUCCGUUGAGGAAUGGCGAGCGUCACUGUCCCGCGCGCGGGAAAACAACUGACGAGAGUCUCUCCACUCACUCGCGCAACGCGUGCCCUUCCCCCUCUCCGCAACAACUGUCGUAUCGCCGGAUAACUCACGACUCGACUGCACUCCGGCGUACGUCGGAUUCAGUCCUAUUUAUUUCCUUGAAAGUAAUUGAAGUCAAUUUAUUGCCCUCGAGAUUAUAUUCGUGCGAAGUUGAACCCGUGAGUUAUGAUAAAUUAGGCUGAUCAGUUGCAUUGUGAUAGAGUGCGGGGUGGAAGUGUUUCAGGGGAUCAGCUGAAUUUCUUUGACGUGCGGGUUUUUACUCGAGGGGCGGAUCAUGGGGGAGAAUGCACCCGGGGAUGGUAAGGAGUCUGAUAAAUACUCGAUUCUGCUGCCUACUUAUAAUGAAGUGGAGAAUUUACCGAUAAUUGUGUGGCUCAUCGUCAAGUAUUUGGAUGGAGUAGUGCCUUUUGAGAUAAUUAUCAUUGACGAUGGCUCACCGGACGGCACCCAAGAGGUGGCAAAAAAAUUACAGAACCUCUACGGAGAGGAUAAGAUACUCCUGAGGCCGAGGGAACGAAAGCUCGGGCUUGGAACAGCCUACAUUCACGGAAUUAAACAUGCGUCUGGAAAUUUCGUCAUCAUCAUGGAUGCAGAUCUCUCUCAUCACCCUCAAUUCAUCCCGAAAAUGAUCGAAACCCAACGUCAGGGGAAUUACGACAUCGUCACUGGGACGAGAUACAGCGGUGAUGGAGGCGUUCAUGGCUGGGAUUUCAAGAGAAAACUCAUCAGCAGAGGGGCUAAUUUCGUGACACAGGUGCUUCUGAGGCCUGGGGUCAGUGAUCUCACUGGAAGCUUUAGACUCUACAAGAAAGCUAUCCUUCAGAAAUUGAUCGAGUCGUGUGUCUCAAAAGGCUACGUAUUCCAAAUGGAGAUGAUUGUUCGUGCAAGACAGUUUAAUUACACAAUUGGAGAAGUGCCCAUCUCCUUCGUGGACAGAGUCUACGGGGAAUCGAAGCUCGGUGGCUCAGAAAUAAUUCAGUUUGUGAAGGGACUACUCUACCUAUUCGCCACCACUUAGACCAACUCGACUGACAUUCAAAGGCUACGUUUGUACAUAAAUAUCCAGCAAUUUGUACUGAAUAAAUAACCAUAACCAAAUUA